UCGACCUAGAACAUAGGCUCCUUUCGCCGGCCGUCUCUGCUCUUUUAAAGGAGCGCGGGGGUAGUCCCACCUCCUUGGUCACAUGCUGGCUGCUUAAAGCGGCGAGAGCCCGAGUGCAGGGGCGAGAGAGGAGGGGGAUUGAACGCCGAGAGGGCAGCUGUGAGCGGCGAGCAAACGGCCGACAGACAGACAGACAGACGGACGGAUGAGCUGGGGAAUGGGGAGCGGCAGCAGAGACUGCCCCGUCCCGGGGAGCGUGUUGCUGCAGGUCGGCGGUCUCUGAGCGGGAGUGGAGGAGUAAGGAUCCCCGGCGGCAGAACAGAGGCAGGAAUGUGGGAGCCGUGAGCUGAGGCAGCCGGCGAGGGACGGAGCAGCCACCCAGCCGGGAUGAAGCAGCUGCUGCCCGGCCUGGCUCUGCUCUCUUUGCUGGGCUGGCUGAGCUUUAACUCGGAGUCCGCGGCUCCCUCCGGCUCCCCGCCGGCAGCCGCCAAAACUUUCCGAACUCUUCUGGCCGUGUCCCUGCGCCCGGAGCAGGAGCAGGAGGAGGGGGAGACGGCGAGGAGGCGAUCGUUGCCGCCGCUGCCGCUGCCGACGCCGCUGUCCCCGGGACGGGCCGGGGCCGGGGUGGAGCGGGGAGCCGGUCCCGGAUCACUGCCGCUGUACCCGGGCGAGUUGGUGGAGCAAGGCGUGUUCUGGAGCCGGCGAGCCGACCGCUCGCCACCCGCCGGCUUCUCCGAGCUACACGUUAAACGCUGGCAGCACCGAGCCCGCUCGUCGCGGCUGCUGAGGCUGGAGAGGGGCUGCGGGAGGCCGUCUAACCGACUGGCCACCUUCAUGGACGGCAGCAGAGCCUGUGUGCGCUACGGCAUCAACCCCGACCAGGUGCUGGGCGAGAGCUUGUCCUUCUACCUGUCCCGCCUGCUGGGCAUCCGCAACGUGCCCGCCCUGGCGCUCUCCAGGGUCAACGCUAACGGCGACCAGUGGCUGCGGGUUCGGCAUGAAGUGCAGGCGGCGCCGUGGGCGGACAGGCCGGUGGUCAGCCUGUCCGAGUGGCUGGGCAACCUGAGUGAGGUGGUGAGUCCGGCAUCGCUGAGGCCGGGAAGCCGAAGCCUGCACCCUCUGGCCCGGGACCUGGCCAACGUGACGGAGCGGGAGGCGAGGGAGCUGGCGCAGUGGUCCGACCUCAUCCUCUUCGACUACCUGACGGCCAACUUCGACCGGUUGGCCAGCAACCUGCUGAGCCUGCAGUGGGACUCGCGGGUGAUGGAGAGGUCGACCAACAACCUGCACCGCACGCCCCGCGGCGCCCUGGUCUUCAUAGACAACGAGGCGGGGCUGGUGCACGGCUACCGGGUGCUGCCCAUGUGGGAGCGCUACCACGAGUCGCUGCUCAAGACUCUGUGCAUCUUCCGCAGGGACACGGCCCGGCGGCUGGCCGAGCUGCACCGCUCCCGGGACACCGCCGGGCAGCUCCUCGCCCUCUACAUGGCCAGCGAGCCGCUCGCCCCGCAGCUAGGCUUCCUCUCCCAGGAACACGCUCAGAUGCUGCAGGCCAGGACUGACCGCCUGCACAAACACAUACUGCAGUGCAAGGCCAAGUAUGGGAAGUAAGGCUCCAACCGGGUGGUCUGCAUUUGUUUGUUUGUUACCUCUUUCCUCCCCGAGUUAACCCCUUGGCUCCCAGGGGUUAGUUCUACCCUUCCCCGCGGGGAGGGCGGGGGUUAUUGACUCGCAGUUCGGUGGAGCUCUUGAUCCAGGUGCGAAAGGAGUUCUCUACCACCACUGAGGAUCGACCCACUUCCUCGGCUUCGGGGGUUGGGUGGGAGCGGCCCACAUGAACUUAAACACUGCUGGAAGGAAGCGGAGUGAGUUGAGACUGCUCUGGACUACUGGCUUGGGCUACAUCUCAUGGGCUUGGAAUGAUCAAGAGGCGUGAGUAAGAGGAUUCCUACUCCAAUGGACUGUAACACCCCUGACACUAUCUCCAGCUUGAGAGUGACGUUGGUUUUGGGCAACAGCACAUCAUUGAUAAUAGCAAUCCAGGAGUAAAUCUGAAACCUGCCCAGUAGUGUUUGCCAGCUGUAUUUCCAGUAAUAUUUACAUCCAAGGGAAACGUCAAACUUCUGUUAUUGCUCCUCGAUUGUGUUGUCCUGCAUCUUUUUCCCGGUGCCUGAGCAACAAUGGAAUCAAUCCUGUCAGUUUGUUUAUUUUAACCCGCAGCCUGAAACAAACCGGUAUCCUAAACAGAUAUGAGAAGUGAAAUAGUUCAAAUUUCAGCAGAAGCACAAGAUUUACCACUCCCAAGAGGUGACCUGCGAGAAUUUGUAUGAAAUUGUGAGAAGUAUCGAUGGGGUUGGCAGUUGGAGUCCUUUUCCCAAGAUAGCAACGUUAAAUAUAAGAGAGCACAGGGUUAAAGUGAGAAGAGGGAAAGUUGAAUGAGAUUUCUUGGGCAAGUUUUGUUUUGAGUGGUAGGUGUGUGGAAUGUGUUGUAUGGGGAGGUUGUAGAAGCAAUAACAACAUUUAAAGGGUAUUUAGAUAGACAUGUGAACAGGGUAGAGAAUAGAGGGAUAUGGACCAUGUGCAGGCAGAUGGAUUAUUGCGAUGGUUUGGAGCUGAUCUGGCUGAGACCCAAGUGGCCAUUCUUGUGGUGCUUUACUACUUACAGUUUGCUGGCCUGAAAAUGUACUUUUGCUCCUGAUUAAUUUGCCAACCACUGUACUCCCUAUGCUAUUUGGUCAGGCACAAGCCUCCAUUUGGCCAAUUUGGGUCAAUGUCAAUGAACCAGAAACAGAUCAAAGCAGGCAGUUCCCAGAUUGUGGAAUGCAAGGUUAGUAAUAAUAUCCUCCUAUUCCAAAUUUUAACCAGGGCUAUCUGUGGCGGACUAGGUUUUACUUCGAAAUGUGUCUAAUGUAAAUUUAAAAUUGCCUUUGUUACCAUCAUCUGUCAUUUAGCGAAUAUGCUUGAUGUUGGAAUUGGGUAAAAUAGAUGUGUGGAAGUGUUCACCACAGAUUUAAAAUAAUUAACAUGGAUUAAAAAGUUGCCAAGAGUUGGACAAUGCUGCCUGAAUGAGUGGUGUUAGCAUUGCCCUUAUAUAAAUUAAUUGUAUGAAGAGAGACUCUAUGGUUUGGUUAGUUGUGAGACUAAAUGAGACUGCUCCUUCAAGCAGGCGGCAUUGAGUCCUCGGCUGUAUGAUUCCACAACUGUGACCUGUUUGUAAAUGUGUUUGGUGUCUAUCCAAUAUUCAAAUAAAACCAAAAUGCAAAACCAAGCAACGUCUGUGGAGAAAGAAUUGGAGAUUAUGUUUAUUGUCAGAUACCCUUUUGUGGCAAAGAUUUUUUUGGCCAUAGUUCUGUUUGUUUCCCCAUAGAUGUUGCCUGAUCUGCUGAGUGUUUCCAACAUUUACUAUAAUCAUGGUUUUCAACACCUGCAAUGUAUUCACACACUAACCACUGCACCAUGCAGCCCUGAGUUUGUGAUAGUUCUUGUGUCUGAUUGAAUACCAGCCUUUAAUAACACCUGGGAGGUAGGUGGUCUACUAGACUGAACUGAAGUUGAAGAGAAAUCUUUAAUACCACACAUGUAGCGUUUGUUUAACUGUUGGAAACAAUUAAAUUGUUUUCAUUGAAUCAAGCCUGGCAGGGAGAAGCUUGUAAAUGUUUAGCAAAAUCCAUCAUGGUCAGAGCAAUCUCUUUAAUCAUAGCAAAUGGCAGUAUUAGUUGUGACUUAAGUGGUUUAUACAUAUGACGGCUUUGAACAGUUUUUGAAGUUGAUGGGAGUUUUCACGUCAAAGUUGAUGGUGCUAUUUCAGCCAGUCAUCUACUGGGCAGAUUCUGUAGUUGUUGAUUUGAAACCUUCUCCAAAGGGCCUAUCUAAAGAUUGAGUUAACAGAGCCUAGAUGAUGCUCUGGGUGCACUCAAAACCAAGCAAGUUUUGAUAGUAGCUUGGCUCAUUAACUUGUGUUUGUACAGGGUUGGGGUGAUCUGUGGUGAACCAUCGUUAUACCUGGCAACAGCAUCACCUUGCUAACUAGGAUUGUGACAUUCGUCUUGAUAUAUUGCCCCCAGGGUAUAAGAAGGAUUCAAUCCAUGAGUUUGCACCUAGCUGACGUGGACAUGCCUUCUGCAGUGAUGUUUGAGGCAGAGGAACCUUCAGGAGAAGGUCUUUUUCAGUCCCUGUGACACAGUUUUGUGUGUCUGGUAAUAACAUUCCUUUAAGCAGACUAUAAUGAAUAUAGUCUAGAGGCAAAAUAGCAUUUUAAUAAGAUGGUUGUUAAGCUUAAAAUAAUUCCACUGCUAUUUCUACAGGUUUGAACUAGCAGUCAAAGAAUAAUGAAGCAGUAAAGUGAAAUGAAAAAUGAGCAUUUGAGGAGUGUUGGGGAUCAUUAAUCUGCUAUUUACUGGAAUAUAAAUUAACUUUAUAUUGAUUGUCAAACUUAAAGGGCUGUUCUUUUUGUCUUUCCAUGUGCCAUUCAAUCCCAAAUUAAAAUGUUUUAAAAAAUCGGCUUUAUUUAACAUUUACCAAUAUGUUUACACCAAAGCUUCUGCUUAGUGGGUAUUUCCUAAAAUGUGAUAUAACAUCUAACAUGGACUUUGACUGGGGAGGUAACACGUAAUUCCACACAAAUUUGAAGUGGGGUAACAUUGCUUUAAAGAGGGGCAGAUGUGUGUGUGGAUGAGGGCAAGUGAAAUGAUCAGGGCCCACGACACAACUUUAUGCACAGAAUAAUUCUCCAUCAAGAGUUUGCACGUGCCGAGCGCUAGGAUGGAAACUGACACCAGAGCGCAUAAACCUUUAUAAAUGAAAUAGCUGCCUAAUUGUCCAUAAGAUUACAAUCUAACUCAUGGGAACAGGGUAACCAUUCCAUUCACAUUAAGAGCAAUUUAUCACUUUUUUUUAAAUUGUGUGAAGCUCUGCAGAAUCACAAUGGAUUUGUAUAGCAUGGUAAUGACCAUAUAGAUCGGGAAUCUGGAAGGUCAGUGAGGUACAACUUUUGUUUUUAUAAAUCCUUCAACUAUCUCGGGAUAUCCAAUGUGAAGUUUUUAAUCAAAUAUGUAGUUCUGUUCAUAAUGUAGACCCAGAACUGAGUUGAUGCUGAGUGAACCGGAAUGUCCAGCAUUGGAAUAAUACAAUCAGAAACAGAAAUAUCUGCUUGGAAUCCCAAUACAUCUAUUCUGCUUGGACCACAUGGGAUUAUCAGCCUCCACUGACCAAGGUAGCUGACGAUGCAAGGGCAUGGUAGUAAAUGCGUUAUGGGUGCCCACUGCUAUGGUGUUAUGACUGAGUUAUCGUGUGAUAGCUGCUAAUCAUUCAAACAAUAUUAUUUACAUUGCAAUCCCACUUUCCACAGCUUCCUAUAUUUAGAAGAACCUGGCAGGUACCAUUUCUUAUUGUUGAACCUCGACCAACAGGCCCCCCCCCCCCCCCCCCCCCCCCCCCCCCCCCCCCCCCCCCCCCAAACCAGGCAACCACAGUUAUAGCAGUGGAGCUCUCCAAAAGGGCAAGGCAUCUGGGAAAGGGGGAUAAGCAAAAAAAAAAGCUGCAGGAUUGAUUCCAUCUGUGGAUAUGGAUAGGACCCAGAGGUUCAUGAAUUAAGCUGUGUGCUGUCUCUUAUUUGGAGCACAGAUGAUUCAGUCGACCCCUAAUUUGUAUUUGAAACAUUCUUUCUACUUGUGCUCACACAUCUGAAAGUGGUUGCCAUCGGUCUAAAGUAGAGGACGAAGCCCAAAUGUAUUUUGUGGAAUUCCAUAGAUUUUUGCAGUGCAUUUGGCCCAAUGUUAUUGCUAUGGUUAUGGUUCUCAGACGCAUUGUACAUAAAUGUAAUAUAUAACAUGUCUCCUUUUGGUUUACAAAGCACAGCUAUUGUUUAUUUACGGUGUGUGUAUAUUUAAGAAAGUGCAACGAUGGAAGAGUGUAAUUAAUUUUAUUUGUAUGUUUUUGUGUAAUUGAUAUCACUUGUGUUUGACUGUUAAACUUUUCGCAUUGAAAAUGUUGCUUGUGAAGAUGUUUCUGGUUGACUUAAAGUGGGAUGAGCAAUUAAAAAAAUAAAAAAUAAAAAAGUCAUCUGCGUGUGGAAGAGGCCAGUGAGUAGAAUGGACGUCUGUGGGUGAACGCUCUGGAUUCCUUGCUUCUGCUCACCUUAUGAGGCACUUUAAAGUUAAGUCUGAUCCCACUGAUCUGAAAGAAGUGAGCCAACAGCCUCUGAAUUUGCCUACAGUAAUCAUCUCCGGUAAAAGUAGAGACCCAUUAUAUAUUGGCCAUACUCCAAAAUAUAUAACACUUCAAUUAAUUUUGUGGAGAUCUCUCCUUGACUCUGGCAUUUUACCACCUCCAGAUGCCUGGUGUUGGUUCAGUGUUGGUAAAUGGACAGUUCUUGUUCACUCACUCACAAACGGGGAUUGUUGGCGAAGGCGGAAUACUUUGUUAAUGGCUAAAUUUCAUCCGAGUGAGUGACAUGCUCAUUAAAUACAGGGGCCAGUUAACAGCUGAUAUAUUCCUGUGAGUCUAACAAAAUGUGGGUCAGAGCAAAGAGAUUUUCUUCUCUGAACCACAUUUGGUAUGAAGGACCCUGCCCAUUCCAGUAUCCAUUGACACCUGAACUAUUUGUGGCUUUCUACCACAUUGCUAUAUUCGCAAUCCAAUUCCAAGUGGUCUUCAUGCUUCAAAUGAGGAAGAGCUUGCUGCCAUCACCAGUUUGGAUCUUUGCCCGCUUGUCAUGGGUUACUAAAGAGUUACUGUCCUUGAAUUGCCUCUUCUGUUUCACAUGUUAUCAUACAAGUCUCUGUAAUUGGCCUUCAGCAUCAAAGAAUAUAUAUUUCUCCAGUUGUUUGCAACCCAGUUAUCUAGAUUGAAAAACCUUCUGGUUUUCCUGUAGUCUGGGAUAAACAGACCUGACCAUCUCUGCCUCCUGAAAACCUAGACUACAACUUGAAUUUUCCCCUUAACCACAAAUAUGAUGCAUCGUCUUCUGACUGGUAGCAUUGUGGGGAUUUUCAUGUGUCUGGUGACAUUGCUAGAAAUAGCAAUGUUGCCUGCCUAUAAUGUUACCAGAAAUGGUGGUCAGUUAUUGUUAAUGUAUAAUGACUAUUGUAGAUUCUCCUUCGAUUGGACAUUAGCCAUUUUCAUUUUGUAAUCUCUGGAUCCUUUAGAUUGUUUCUGUUACUGCAUUCUCUUGGCCUUGAAGCUGGGCCACUGCUGUAUAAGAGUCCGUUGCUUCAAUGUAAAAUAUGUUUUAAAAAGUUACCACUAUUGUUAAAUUUGGGAAUAAGCAGGGGACGUUUGAUUUCUAGCCCAAAAGUAACAUUUCUUGUAUUCUUUGCAAUUGUCCAGUAACCUUCUCAUGCACCUUGCUAUUUGUUAAUGUUUUAAAGGCAACCUGAAUUGUUGUACUGAGGUAUCAAGGUUUUUAAAGACUAAAUCGUCAUGUAUGAAAAUAAAAUUUCCCUGCGUCUUGA